AACCCGCACCUUGUGCCUUACCCUUACCCACUUGACCACACACGUCUCAUAUAUAUAUAUACAGUCGCUGACACGAGCCCAAUUUUCGUCGGCUGCACGUUGAAUGUUUAGCUGUUCAUUUUUCCUUUGUGCCAGGUUCUCUAGGCGGAUGGGGUUUCUCGGACAUUUUUCCCUUCAAAAAGAGAGCCUCUCUUGAGCCACAACGACCCGUGGCUGACAAUGCUGAAAACUUGGAUGUAGUUGUUUCCCACCCCCCCCCCCCCCCGUCUAUUAAAUUUGGAAAAAAGGAUCCUGAAAGGGAUCCGAAAAACUUCAUAUUUUGAAGAAACCUUUAGUCCAAAACAAAAAGUUUCUGUUGAACCCGCGUUUAGAUGUAAACCAAUUGUACAAACAAGUGCUACUGUUGUUCUUUUCGAUGCACGCUCACUCUUUUGUACAUUUCUUUCUAUUCGAAUCUGAACUCUGGACAAACAAAAAUGGAAUCUCUUCACCCGAAAAGGGUCGUGCUCUUUCUAUAGUCUAUUCGAAUACUUUUCAAUAAUGCUUCAGCUAUUUUUAUCCAUUUCUCUAGUAUUUAUCCAUACAGUUUUGUCUGAAAAAUGUGCAGAUGCACAUCAUGAUUGUAGAUUGAUUGCUGUUAAAUGUUUAUCACCCAAUCGAAUAGAACAGAAGCUUAUGGAAAUUGCUUGUCCUCUUACAUGUGGAUAUUGUAUUAAUUCUAAAACUGGUGGAACAACUACAAGUACAGUACCCACAGAUGAGAUUAUCAAACCAUUCAAAUGUAUUGAUGAAGCUGAUGAUUGUGCAGAUAGAGCCAAUUUUUGUCAGAGAAAGUUCUACAAACGCAUGAUGAGUUUACAAUGUGCAAAAACCUGCAAAUUUUGUGUUGACGAUGACGAGUACGAAGAAGAGGAAACAGAGGAUAGCCGGGAAAUUCAUAUUUCGCAUUUGAAAUCCAAAAUGGGUGAAAAAACUGUUCAAAAAUUGGAAGAGUUGAAAAUAGUUGACAAUGUGAUUGAUCUUCUGAGAAAUGCAACAACUCCCACGACGUUCAUGGAAAAGAAACCGCGAAGGUUCUCGAAAAGAAUUGAAAAUAUCUCAUCGGAAAUGACUGAUACUGCAGAAUGCGUGGAUCGAGCAUCAGAUUGUGAGAGGAAUCAGAAGUUGUGCACACAUAGAGCCUAUUCUCCACUUUUUCGUAAAAUUUGUGCGAAGACGUGUGAAUAUUGUACAUCGGCAGAUGAUAUUGAGUCUUCUGGUGAAUUUUUAUAGACCAUUGCUUUUGCUUUUCACUUUUCUGGUAGAAAAUAAAUCUGUAAGACUUAA